AUGGGCGACUACAGUACCAAACACCAAGGGAAAUUUACCAUCAAAGACGCGCCUGUUGAGAACCUGCGGCCGUUCCGAGUUAUUGUGGUGGGCACUGGGUUUUCGGGGAUUCUGGCGGCCAUCGGGAUACCAGAGCGGCUGAGGAAUGUGGAACUGGUGGUGUAUGACAAGAACGAGGGGGUUGGCGGGGUGUGGUGGUCGAACAGGUAUCCGGGUCAGUUACGGAGGAAGAAUUCCUAG